AUAGCUUGAAGAAGUAGAUGGACGAUCGCCGUCUGCUCCUGUCCAGUGUCCGGACCUUUGCGCGAACCUCCACUAGAGUUUCGAUCCGUCGCCGCCCAGCGGGUCAUCCCGUCCGGGAUGAAAUCACUCGAGGCUCGAGCCGUCGCAGUAUAUCAAGCUCCGCCCCUCGACGUCGCGUCCUCGAAAAACCAUUGACUACGCCAUUUGACCUAUAGCACCCACACCAAUUCCACGAUGUCGAACAACCACGAUCCCCUGCCUCGCGCCGUGAUGCGCCAGCGCCAGACGGAGAUGAUACUCGGCAUGGGCGUCGUCGCCGGCGGCUUGUACGUGUUCUGGUGGAACCUCAACCGCCGGCACCGCAACAAGGAAAACGAUCCCUCGCCUGCCGCGAUCCCUACCUGGCAGCACCGCUACCGCAAGGCGGCGUUCCCGAACGAGCGCCCGGCCGGCGCGAUCGCCACCACCCUGCGCACGUCGAAGGAGGUGCUCCAGCCCGACCCGUCCGACAUGCAGCGCAUCAACGAGAAGUACAGAUCGGGUGUCACGUCGUUCACGCACCCGUCGUCCCUCGGCACGACAGCGCGCCAGAACUUCGGCUUGGCGGCGAACGACGCGGAUCUGUCUGGGACCGUGUCCGACGAAGAGGCGGUGGGCGCGAGCGGGACGCCGUGGCACAAGCUGACGCACGAAGAGAAGAUGGCACGGGCUGGCAGCGAGGCGGACGGGUACAUUCCGCAGAAGUCAAAGCAGCGGGUUCAAAAGUACCCUGGCAAGGAGGGUCUGGCGUAUACCAAGUCCCCGGACUAUGUCGACAGCUAUGGGAAGACCGCGCACCUGAAGGAAAAACAGGUGGCGGACCAGAAGACGAUGGGGGCAUAGACGCUGUGUUAUUACUCUCGUGUUUCAUGGCAGCGUGUACUCUAUCUGUACGAUGAUGGAGGACGGGCCCUUGUGUAACAGACAGACGAUGAUCAAUCGGAAGAGGACGUGGCUGGAUGUGGGUGCUUGGUUCUCUGCGCC